GAACGACCUCCACAUCAAUUGUCCUCAUUAAUUCGUUUGCUUGUUCUCCCUUUCCUACGCCAUUCCGCACACCAGGCAAGGCUGCCCAGUCUAUUCAGGGCCUCGAUCCCUCCAUCUCCGUCGAGCAUUCCACGCUCACCAUGUCAGAUCUAACACCCCCAGCAUCUAAGCAUAAUACCCCUCAGCGUGUCAUCCCCCCUGAAUCCUCCUCCGAUCUCAACGUCGCCGGUCCAUCCAGCUCACAUCUAGGAGUCGAAGCACCAGCAUCGCCGACAUCGAUGAGAGAAGAUUCAGCUGCGCUAGAGUUGGACGCCGAGGACAAUACCCCACGACAUGGAGAGGAUCCAGCUGAGAAGAGGGAGCAACACACGGGGUCGAGUGGUAUGGAAGUGGAUGCAGAAAAUCUCACCGAGAGCGCUACGGACCGGGAUGAAGACGAGGAGGUUGAGAGAUAUCCCGGAGAUCAUGAGGCUGCAGCUCGAGAGGUACUUAGCGAUGGAGCAAGUCCUGGAAAGGCUGAUGCAAAGUCCGGCACAGUAGACAAAGGCAAGGGCAAGAAAGUAGGCAGGGGAAGCGGAAAGGACGGAGACCUGUAUGAGAGCGAUAUCGUUGAAAGGUGGAAUCAAGAGUUCGGCGACGUCUUGCUGAAUGUCCCUGGCGCUAACAAGCCAUGAACGAUCACCUCGUGUCAACUCCUCUACGACCAUACCGAAUCGCCAAAGCCUCCCUACAGAAAAC